GAUUCUCAAGAUCGGAUCUUUUGAGAAAGAGAGAGAGAUGCAGAGGGACGUGUCGAGCUGCAACACUUACAACUAUGGCGACGCUCUGUAUUGGGACGCUCGUUACGUGCAAGACGCACUCUCCUUCGACUGGUACCAACGCUACUCUUCUCUCCGCCCUUUCGUCCGCAGCUUCGUCCCUACUUCUUCACGAGUCCUCAUGGUUGGCUGUGGCAAUUCCCUUAUGUCGGAGGAUAUGGUCAAGGACGGAUAUGAGAACAUUAUGAAUGUUGACAUAUCUUCAGUGGCUAUUGAGAUGAUGCGAACCAAAUACGCGUCUGUUCCUCAGCUCAAAUAUUUGCAAAUGGAUGUUAGAGAUAUGAGCUACUUUUCAGACGAUUCCUUUGACACUGUCAUUGAUAAAGGAACCCUUGAUUCAUUGAUGUGUGGGAAUGAUGCUCCUCUAAGUGCUACGAGAAUGUUGGGUGAAGUUAGCAGGCUGAUGAAACCUGGAGGGACCUACUUCUUGAUAACCUACGGUGAUCCAAAAGUGAGAAUGCCUCAUUUGACUCGUUCUGCGUACAACUGGAAGAUCUCCUUAUACAUCAUACCAAGACCAGGAUUUAAAAAGCCAGGAAGUUGUAGCUCGUCGUCAGAGAAAUCGUGUCUGGAAGCUAUACCUAUGACAAGUGAAGGAAUGUUGCCACAUGAUUAUGUUCUGGAGGACCCUGAUUCCCAUUUUAUUUACAUUUGCAAUAAGAUGGACGAAGAAGUUUCUCAACUACCCUCAUACCCAUUAAUGGAGGAUGUUUUGUAGUGAUGAUGUCUGGUGGCUGGCAUGGAGGCUAAAAUGAAAGCAAAAUUGUGCACGACUGUUGUCUUCUUGAUCGCCAUGAGAUUACCGAUCUACUGUUGUAUUUUGUAUGUCUUGUGAUCUAUCCCAAUUGAUAGGUCCGAGCCGGAAUUGCUCAUAUCAACUCUAAAGUUUAUACUCCCUUUUAUACGAAUUAAACAUCUUACUUUUAUCUUU